AUCUCUGGAGUGGAGGUUUUCUUCCAUUGUGGCACUUUCCUGAGGUCUGACCUUGACCCUUGAUCCCCAGCUGAGGAGAGGGUCUUCAUCUGUCCAGCUCUAAACCCUGACCUUCAGAGGGUUGAGGGGCAGAGGAGGGGGCCCCCUCGCAGGGCCUGUGGUUGGAGUGAAGAAAGCGAUUGCAUCAAAGUGGAGAGGCUCACCACAGCCCUGCCUGAGUCAUACUCGAGAGGGAGGGAAGAGAAAGCAAGAACCCGAAGCCCCCUGGACUUCGAGCUGGCUGAGGCCUCCAACUUGACAACACUGACGUCCCCGCAUGAUGAGCUCAGGCAGAGGUGCCUGGGGACAGGAGCCGGCUACCGGCACUGCCACAAGCCCGCCUGGCGUCUUCCCCAGAGCUCCUCCUGUCAAGAUGCCUGCGCCCGUCCUGGCCAUAGUAAGUGGCCAGGUACUCCCGGCCUUCCUGCUCUGCAGUACCCUGCUGAUUAUCAAGAUGUACGUGGUGGCUGUCAUCACGGGCCAAGUGAGGCUGCGGAAGAAGGCUUUUGCCAACCCGGAGGAUGCGCUGAGACACGGAGGCCUUCAGUAUUGCCGGAGUGACCCAGAUGUGGACCGCUGCCUCAGAGCCCACCGAAACGACAUGGAGACCAUCUACUCCUUCCUGUUCCUGGGCCUCGUCUACUCCUUCUUGGGGCCCGACCCUUUCGUGGCCCGGAUGCAUUUCCUCCUCGUCUUCCUGGGCCGCAUGGUGCACACCGUGGCCUACCUGGGGAAGCUUCGGGCACCCACCCGCUCCCUGGCCUACACCGUGGCCCAGAUCCCCUGCGCUUCCAUGGCCCUGCAGAUCAUAUGGGAAGCAGCCCGCCACCUGUGACCAGCAGCUGACACCUCCUCGGCCACCAGACCGCUGGCCACAAGCCACUGGGGCUGUACUUGAAGGACAGGGCCUCCCUUCGAGGUUGCCUGGUUUCCUGGCCACCUGCUGAACGUGGGCUCCUGGCCCAGCUGGCCUCUGCGUGUGUGUGCGUACGUGUGCACACGUGUGUGCCUCCUGGAUUCCUGGGUGAUGUGGCCAAUUGCAGAUGGGUUGUCCAGAUUGACAGACAGUUUCUCCACUCACAUAACAGAGCAUUGAAAACAUCACUCCUUCUUCCUCCCUAAGAACGGGCAGAGUGAGGGGAGACUCAGUUCAGGUCAAUAAACCGAAUGGCAUCUGAAUCCAGACCUGUAAUAAAUGCAGACUUCUCAGAUCCACACCGGAGCUUCCGGUUUGGCGGGGCUCAAGGGACGCUAGGCACCUGCAUUUUUAAAAAGCUCCCCUGUGAGUCCCAGCCAUGGCCAGGCCUGGGAACCACUGCCAGUUCCCUCUCGAGGCCCAGGACCAGACAGGGUGUGGUUUUUGACAUUUCUCUGGAGUUUAACGCGGUGAGGGUGAGGUCGUGCUCCUUUGUGCCCUGUGGACACCUCCUGUGCUCCCCACAUUCCCCCCAGUGGUGCAGGCGCUGAUGGAAGGAGCCCACAGUGAGGCCGACCUCCUCUUCUCCCGAGGACUCAGUCAAGGAUGAGGGGCUCGAACGACCAACCACUAAAAGGAACUUGCUGGCUCCUUCAGUCUUGGCAAGUUUCGGAAAUCACCAAUGCGCCCCCAUGUGAGGAAUCGUGUCUCUCCAGGACUCUUGUCCUGGGACACCUGUGGCUUGAAUCAUUGAGUGGUGUAUCUGACCAGCUGGCCCCAUAGCCGUACAGCCUUUUGGCUGCUUGCUCCUGGCAUGCACCGCGGCCCAAGCCGGCCUGAGGCUCCAGCUCGCUGGACUUUUUUGAGCACGUGUGUCUGGGGCCAAACUGACAGGAGGGCAUGGGCUCUGGCAAACGCACAGACGCACCCUGCCUGUGGCGUUAAGCCAAGCAGCCAGCAAGCAGGCCGCUCCGAGACAGCCUCCUGCCUCCCGCCGGGGACAGUGAGGUGGUCUACGACCUCCGUUUUUACAGGUGAGGGCACAGGCUCCAGGGGGUGGAUGGGCUUUUCGGCUCUGACCGCAGCCUGUCGGGGUCCGAGGCCCUGGUCUAACCACUGCGUGUACCGCCUCACUUUCCCUGAACCCUCUCCCAGCACUGCCCCUUUUGGCCAGAAUCUGAGAAGCCUCCCGCAGCACCUGGGCAUGUCCACCUCCUGCCUUCCCUCCCUGCCGCCUCUGCACUGGCCCCGUGGAGUGAUGGACUGACGGGCCUCACCUGCGGCCCAGGGGAUUCCAGGCCUCGCUAGAAAUCCGCGUUAGUUAUCCCCUACCCCGCCGCUCUCCGAGCUGGAGUGGAUAACACUGCCCCCUGGUGGUGAGAAACCUCCAUUCUCGGGCCGCAGCUGCUCACCUAGAAACCGUGUGUGGAGAGCCUACCGUUUGCUAAACGUUGGCUGGGCGUGGUACUUAGAAUUUUUUUCACUUAACCCUUAAAAACGAUCCCAAGAGGGAGGGGAUGCAGAUGAGGGCAGUAAGGCUCAGAGAGGAGAGGUGACUGUCCCAAUGCCCCUGACGUGGGAUGUGGUAAGGCUAGAGGAACAGAACCUGCUUGUUUUUAUAUUUCUGUAUUUCUCUCCUGGGGAAAAGGGCCGAGAGGGCAGCGUGCCCAGCUCAGACCCGGAUUUGGAGGGCAUCCGACGCCACCGGGACCACGUAAACCUGAGACCUGGAUGAAGGGGGUGGAGCCCCAGGGAUGCUGCGCCCCAUGUGCACCCCAUCAUUCAUUCCCCCCUGUGGUACCUCAGUUGGCCGCCCUCCAGCCAUCUCGGGUACCAAGUGGGGUUGACCAGCGGUGAAUUCUGGCCUCAUCCCUUCACCUGCAGCACACCCUCCACCCAGACUUGGAUCGACCUUUGGGACAGCCUCCUCCCUCCUGACCUGGGGUUUGGGGUGGUGUGAAAUGAGACGCGUGCCGGGGAGUGGAGCGUGCUGGUGGCAGCCUGGGGAACUCGCUGCAAGACAAGAACUUUUGGGCCGAGCCCGCGGCCUGGGAGGGUGGAGCUGUCUCUGGUAGGAGCCAUGUGUCUGGGGUGUCUUCUCCUGGGCUCUGAGUGAGCGGGAGAGGCCAGAGCUGGACUGGCCUGUUGUCAGACCCCAGGGUCAGGGUGCUGGGCUGUGAGUUCCGGCCCUCUCCUUGAAAUGUUGCCAGUUUGACCCAAUGCUGUAGAAACUUUCAGGUUCACCCCAGUACACACUCCUAAGGAGGAAGCCCAAGAAAGAUGCUGCACCCCGUCCACCUGGGCACCCCAGCCUCCCAUGAGGGCCCCUCCGAGGAACCCCUGGGGCUCUCUUUAAUGGAUUUCUUGACUCUAGGCUUCCAAGAACUUCCUUCAUGUGUGAGGGACUUGGAGGAACAGGCAAAAGUGAGAGGACAAAGGGGACUGGUUUGCAUAGUCCUGGAGGCAGGGACAGAACCUAGGGGACCCCUGGGGAGGCAGAGCUCUUUUCCCACAUAAUAUCCAAGGGACCCUGGGGCCUCUGUGUGUGUGUCCCUGGCAGGCCACGGUGCUUGGGAAUGGGCUUCCAGAGUGGCCAGGCAAUCAACAGAAGAGGGGGUGUCUGUUGGGGUUGGUGGGAAUCCAAGCAGGCUUCCUGGGAGAGGCAUCAUUUGAAUUGGAACCUGAAAGGUAGAUGGAAGUUUCAAAAUCUGUUAAUUACAUGCACUCAUGAGUAAUGGUCAAUGUCAAAGGUUUAGAAACUACAGAAAAGCUCACAGAAGAAAAUGAAAACCUCCCAUACUCUCACCCGCUGGGACCCUUGUUGGCGUAUGUUGCCUUGAGGACCUUCAUCAUUGCAACAACCUUCCUGCCAGAUCCCUUAAUCUGCCCUCAGUCCUCAGGUCCUCCCCACCCAGAGCAGAGGCUUCUCUGCCAUCAGAGGGAGGCCACGUUCUCACGCUGCCAGCAAGG